GAUGAGGAUGCGUAUCUGACGGUGCCACAACUGGUGUGGAAGUACGGCUACGAGAUCGAUAUCCACGAAGUGCAAACGGAGGAUGGCUAUCUGCUCGAUCUGUACCGCAUCCCGGGCCGCAGAGCCGCAUCCGGUCAACCCGCGUCCCGACCGCACCGUUACGCGCCCAUCUUCCUGAUGCACUCGCUGCUCAGCAGCUGUGCCGACUGGGUACUGAUGGGCCCUGGGCGCGCCCUUGCCUAUCUACUAGCAGAUGCCGGUUACGAUGUGUGGAUGGGUAAUGCACGUGGAACGCGCUACUCACGCAAACACACCCACCUCGAUCCGGACCAGUCGAACGAAUUUUGGAACUUUACCUGGCACGAGAUCGGACUGUACGACGUGUCGGCAAUGGUCGAUCACGUGCUGGCCGUCACUGGGCAGCCGCGGCUUCACUAUGGUGGCUUCUCCCAGGGUACGAUGGUGUUGUUUGUGCUGCUGUCGGAACGGCCCGAGUACAAUGCGAAGCUGAUCGAUAUGCAGGCCAUCUCCCCCUCGGUCUACAUGUAUCGGCUCGAGGGACGCAUCGUGCGCACGUUUGUCCGGCUGGCGGACCCACUGGUAGCGGCACUCGAUGCAGCCGGUCGGCACGAGAUCCUACCGAACAAACGGUUCAUCGCACCGCUGGCGAAGAUCAUGUGCCCGAACGCGAAUGUUACCGUGUGCCGGGAGCUGCUGUACGAUGUAGCGGGCAAGAACCCGCCGCAGGUGGACGAUAAGAUGGUGCGCGUCUUCCUGGGUCACUUCCCGGCCGGUGCAUCCCUCCGCCAGCUGCAUCACUUCUCGCAGAUCAUCCGUACGACCCGGUUCGCUAAGUAUAGUCCGCCACGUGCCGGUUGGCUUCCUACCCCGCCGGCCCCACUCUACAACCUCACCCGAGCAACCAUUCCGGUCGUCGUGUACUACGGACUCAAUGACCAUGUGGUGAACUUUCGUGACGCACUGCAGCUUGCCGACGAGGUACCGAAUCUCGCCGCCGUACACCAGAUCGCCGAUCGGCGCUUCACCCACAGCGAUUUCAUACUGGCGAAGAACUCGGCCCGUCUGAUGAAUGCACUGUUGCUGCAGGAACUCGACCAAUACGACCGCACAUCCUCGAAUGCUGACGGGCAACUGAGGACGACCGUGCUGCUGCUGUCAACGAUCGUGUGGCUAGCGUACGGAGUAGCACCCGGAAUCUCGGCCGCAGCAUCCACCCGGCACGGUCCAGGAGAUGUCAACGAUGUUGGCAGCUAUUUUGCGAUUGAGGCCGAAGAUGGUGCGCUGCGGACGCCAGAGCUCAUUACCAAGUACGGCUACCCGGUCGAGAGCCACGAAGCUACGGGGGCAGACGGAUACGUCAUAACACUGACUCGGAUACCACCAAGAACACGCCGUCGUAAGAUGCCGAUAUUGCUCGUUCACGGUCUGCUCGCAAGUUCCGGCGACUACCUGAUCAUCGGACCCAACAACAGCCUCGCUUAUCUGCUCGCCGACCGGGGCUACGAUGUAUGGCUAGCGGAUAUGCGUGGCAAUCGGUACUCGCAACGCCACGCACGUCUGAACAGUAGCUCACCGGAGUACUGGGACUUUACCUGGCACGAGAUGGGCUACUACGAUCUACCGGCAGUGAUCGACUACAUCCUGCGGCUAACCGGUGCCCGUCAGCUGGACUACAUCGGCCACUCGCAGGGAACGACCGUGUUCUUCGUGAUGGCCUCCAGCCGGCCGGAGUACAACGAAAAGAUCGCACACAUGUACGCCCUCUCGCCGGCCGUCUGUUUGAAGCGCGUCCGAAGUCCUCCGGUGCGGUGGCUGCUGCAGCACGUGUUUGCCCUCAAGGAUUUGUUCGACGCGUUCGGGGUGCAACAGUUUCUGCCACACACGGACAUGCAGCACGAGAUGUCACGCAUGCUGUGCCCGAUGUCCGAUCCGAACAACGUGUGUAUGCAGGUCGUGAGUAUGACGGUGGGCCCGAAUCCUAAAAUGACCGAUAUGGUGGCGAUGCAGGUACUGGUCGGGCAUGAUCCGGCCGGUGCAUCCGUCAAACAGAUGUUACACUUCGCCCAGCUGUCGCGUUCCGGACAGUUUCGGCAGUUCGAUUACGGUCGGCGCAAUAACGCCGAACGAUACAGCCACUGGAAGCCACCGGCGUACAAUCUGAGUGCGGUGUCCGCUCCGGUUACGAUCUUUUACGCGUUCAACGAUUGGUUGGUAGACCCGCGGGAAGUGGAACGGUUUUCCCGGCUACUACCGGUGCAACCGACGAUGCACCUGGUGGAGGACGAGAACUUUAAUCAUCUCGAUUUUACGAUGGCUAAAAACGCACGUCCCAUGGUGUACGAACACAUACUGAGCGAUCUGGAGCGUCGUGAACGUUCGAAUGGCAGCUUAUGA